AUGAAAGAAACGAGAUCAUCAAUUCGAAGAUUGGAAACUCAGAUCGGACAGUUGGCCACGCUUAUGGAAAAUCGAGCUCAAGGGAACUUGCCAAGCACUACUGAGGUGAAUCCAAAGGGGAAUCUUAAUGAACAGUGCCAGGAGAUUACUUUGAGGAGUGGAACAGUAUAUGAGGGAACAAGUAUGGAAAAAAGAGUCGAGCAGAAGCAGGAUCAACAGGCACCCAAUAUUGAGGACACGAAGAGUUGCGAAGAGAAGGUUAAAAAGACUCCUCCAGCAAGAGAAGUGGUACCUCCGGUGUCUAUAGAUCAUCACAUAAAAAUUCCAUAUCCACAGAGACUCCAAAAGAAUCAUCUUGACAAGCAGUUUGCAAAGUUCUUAGAGGUAUUCAAGAGGCUGCAUAUCAACAUCCCCUUUGUAGAAGCAUUAGAACAGAUGCCCAGUUACGUUAAAUUUAUGAAAGAUAUCUUAUCAAAGAAGAGAAAGAUGGAGGAUUACGAAACUGUGGCAUUGAUCGAAGAGUGCAGUGCUAUUUUGCAAAGGAAGCUUCCACUAAGUUGUAAGAUCCUGGAAGUUUCAAAAUCCCAUGCACAAUUGUUGGCAAAUCGAUCACUGGCUCAUCCGAGGGGGAUUAUAGAAGAUGUGCUAGUGAAGGUCGACAAAUUCAUUUUCCCUGCAGAUUUUAUUGUGCUGGACAUGGAGGAGGAUGCAAAUGUCCCAAUUAUUCUUGGGCAACAUUUUCUAGCGACAGGACAAGAUCUCAUAGAUGUUCAAAAGGGAGAGCUUAAACUCAGAGUCGAGGGGGACGAGGUGGUAUUUAGUGUCUUCAAGGCAAUGACGUAUCCGAUGGCUUGUGACAGUUGCUACAGUGUGGAUGUAAUAGAUAAAGCAAUUUUGGAAAGAAUGGUGAGUAGUGAUGCUUUAGAGGCAGUGUUGACUGGUGGGGAGGAAGAUGAUGUUGAUGAAGAGAUGAAAGAAUAUAUAAAGUGGAUUAACUCUUACCACCCAUAUUUGAAGAAAUUUGAAGAGUUGGCAGAGGCCACUGAACGACCAUUAACAUCCAUUCAGCAGCCACCGAAUUUGGAAUUAAAGGCUCUUCCUGAUCAUUUGUGUUAUGCAUACUUAGGGGAGAAUGAGACUUUACCAGUAAUUGUUUCAUCUCUCAAAAACUGA